AUGGACAGACUCAAAUUAUUAUCGAAGCGAGAUUUUUUUCGCUCAAAGCCUAAACAACGCCAACAAGGAGUCCGCGCCGCCUACAAGGACGUGUCUUCGCCAAUUGCCUCAACGACCGCAACCACGCGCGCCUCACAGCCAGACCCCGUCUACUUCGACUACCAGGCGGACCCUGCUAGCGGAAAGAAUGUCGUUCUUUGGGACGACGUGUUGUUGGUAUUUCCAGCAGCAAAGUAUAUUCGCCAUGGGUCGACUAUCAUUCCCUUUGUGAGAGACAAGGAAUUUAAAGUUCUUGAGCCCUUUCGCUUUGCUGUAGUCCCCAAUGCUAUUCUGGAUGUUGUUCUCGAGCAGGACUCAGCUGCGCCAAACGAAGCAACAGCACCACCUACGCCAAGCACGUCCGACUCGUCCAUUGAUUCGCUUUCACCCGUCCCAGAGACUAUCACUAUCCCUUCGCCAACCCACGACAGUCAUAUGGACAAAAGGUCCCUCAGGAUUCACCUCUGGAGAAUUGCCACCGACUUAAACCUGUACGCCAUGCAGAAACGAGGCGAGGGCGACCCUAAGGAUUUCCACAAGGCCCUGGCGUGCUACCUGAAGACUGUCUCCAAAGGUCAUGCCUAUGCCCAAUUCAGCGUGGGGCAGUUAUACCUCGAGGGCAAGGACGUUUUGCGAGACUACGCCAAGGCUAUGGAUUGGUUUCUUUUAGCUUCGAACCAGGGGUUACCAGACGCUCACAACGCGAUUGCCGAUCUUCACUACCACGGCCACGGUGUUCCUCAAGAUUAUGAAGCAGCCAAGGACUUGUACCUCACUUGUGCUCAGCAAGGAUUCAUCCCUGGUCAGCGCAAUAUCGGCCACCUCUACCUUAUGGGCCACGGCGUUCCGCAGGACUAUGAGAGGGCGGUGGACUGGUAUCUCAAAGCUGCAGACCAAGGCGAUACAAAAGCCCAGGUGCGCUUGGGUGACUUGUACAGAGACGGGUCGGGCGUACUACAGGAUUACUCGAAAGCGAUGGAGUGGUAUCGCGAAGCUGCGGAUCAUGGAGAGAUCAUUGCCUGUACAAGAAUCGGAGACCUAUACGACCAUGGCCACGGCGGCUCUCAGAGUGACAGAGUCGGAUAUGCGAGAAGGUGGUAUCUGAAGGCAGCGGAUCGAGGGGAACUCAGCGCGCAGAUUUCCUUGGGCCACUUGCUCCGACGUCAAGGAUUCUGGCGUAACUAUGGCCAGGCGAUGCAAUGGUUCAUCAAGGCAGCCGACCAAGGAUCUGUCGCCGCCUACACCGCCAUCGGCAACAUGCACCACCACGGACAAGGAGUCGAUAAGGACGCUACCAGGGCGAUGCAUUGGUACCUCAAAGCGGCAGACGUAGGAAACCCAGAAGCCAUGGUCUUACUAGGUUCUCUUUAUCACGAUGGACAGGGCAUUCAACAGGACUUCACAAAGGCUUUCGAGUGGUACUUCAAGGCAGCCAGAAAAGGCUACUCUGAUGCACAGUUCCGCGUCGGACAUUUUUCCUACCUUGGCAAGGGCACUCCGCAAGACCGCUCAGGUGCAAUAAUUUGGUUCCAUUCGGCAGCCAAGCAAGGGCACCUCGACGCUCAAUACAUCCUAGGCGACUACUAUGCCGAAGGUUCGAACGCCGAGCAAGACCUCUCGAAAGCGUUCGAAUGGUAUCGUCAAGCGGCUAUCAAAGGUCACGUCGGUGCUCAGGCCAAUCUUGGAAAGUCCUAUUAUCUAGGCACGGGAACUCGGAAGGAUUUCUCUCAGGCCUUCAAAUGGAUCACGCAGGCCGCCAUGCAAGGGGACGCAUGCGCCCAGUACUGCCUUGGUUCUUUUUACAGCAAUGGUCAUGGAACGGAACAGAGCGACAUGGAAGCAGCGAGAUGGUGUCAGGAGUCAGCCAAGCAAGGAUACUCGCCGGCAGAAUAUCGUUUGGGCGUCAUGUAUCUUAACGGCCUGGUGUUUGAGAAGGACUACUCCACAGCCAUGAGUUGGUUCCUCAAGGCUGCCGCCCAAGGCCGAACAGAUGCUUACGUCUGUAUUGGCGAUAUGUACGAGUUUGGUCAGGGCGUUCCUCUAAGCCAUAAAGAAGCAACAAUGUGGUUUCUCAAAGCGGCCAAUCUGGGCGACACGACCGCCCAGUUCAGGAUGGGGCGAUUCUGUGAGCUUGGCCUCGGCAUUCGUGAAUGCUUCCCCGACGCGGUUGAUUGGUAUUUGAAGGCUGCCGACCAAGGACACAAGAAUGCGCUCAAAAAGUUGGACGAAUUGCGCCGACAAGGAAACAGGAUCAGACAAGCCAAAAAUCAACAGUAA